GUUUUCAAGAGGGCAAAGCAUAGCAAAGCGGGAAUGGCAAGAGAUUCCACCGACGGGUGGGUCCGGACUACGUCGGGCCCCACCCACACGAGCUCGUAAGCCCGCGAGCGUGGAGUCGGUAGGCCGCGUGUGCGCGAGGCAGAGCAGCGCGCAAGGCGCAAGGACCGAGAAGCCUGACGGAAGCGAGAGGGGUCCGUUGCAGUUGCUCCGCCUCCUCAAGUCCCGUCCAAUUUUCCUCUCCCCAAACAACGGACUCAUCUCGUCUUCUCCUCGCCCUAGCCCGUCACGAAGACAACGAAGAAGAAACCCCGAGGCACAUUCUUUGAUUCUUUCUCCCAGGCGCCGCUGCAAUCCCCAGUCGCAAAACUCUGGUGUUUCCGGGGCCAGAUUGUGUUUUUGAUAGGCCCGGCGUCCUCCAUGACGCGUCCCCAAGAAGCGCUCUCCGUUCUUGGUCCAAGUUCGUGGCCAGCGUCUAGGUCUCCCCGGUGAUCGGCUGGUGCAGCGGCGUUCGGAGGAGGGACCUUUGGCCACCGUGGGCUUUCUUGGGGCUCUGCGAGUUGAGUUUUUCCUGUUCGGAGUGCAGUUUUCAGAGGGUUUUGGGGGCGGAUGAGGUCGACGGCUGCGGCCUGCGGCUGCUGUUGAGAUCAGUUCCGACGAAGACGACAGCGAGAAGAUGCCUGCUGCUGGCAAGCGCAAGUCACCCGAAGAUGCCCUUGAGUGGGCCGAGAAAAGACUAGGUGAAGAAGACAGCGAUGCAAUUGGGGAGGGUUUAGAUGAUUUUGCGUUCAUACAGGACUUCUUGGAAUCUCUGGUGGAUACAACGAAUGUUGUGGUGGAUGAGAAGGAGAGUGUGGUGGAUGACAAGAGGUGCGGCCGUGAUGCUUACGACGAGGACGACGACGACGACGAUUGCGUCAUUCUGGACGGUGACCCUGAUAAGGCGGUUGCCGUUGCCAAGGAGGGACCUGGGCGAGAUGCCUCAGAAGAUGAAUUGCAGAUAGUCGCCGAGAAAGGAGAGUUAGCAUGCAGGGAUUUCCCUCACCCACGCCAUCUAUGUGUUAGCUUGCCAUUCAGCACCAGUUCUCAUGCAAACCAUUGUAAUAUGUGCCACUGUUAUGUCUGUGAUUCUCCUGCUCCCUGCACUUUCUGGGGCAAAGGCUUCAUGCUUAACGAUCAUUGUCAUGCUACGGAUAAGGAUGCAAAAUGGAAGAAACUUAGGCAAUUAUCCAAGUGCAAAAGCGAGCUGAUGUCUAAACGGGGAAAUAUCCAGAAUUUCUUCCACUCAAGCUCAACAACACCUUCCUCGCAGCCUGCUGCAAAUGUGAUCUUACCUCCUACAGGAAGAUUUCCUGUUUCAAGUAUGCUGAGCCAAAAUCAGCAGGUGCCUCCUACUAUGUUUCCACAGAAUUUGGGGCAGGGUAUCUGUAUGCUGGGACUACCAUCUCCUAUGCCAAGAACUACAAUCCCGCUCAAUGGAUCCAAAAGAACUCAGGUUGCUCCUCCAGUUUAUACACCCUCAACUGUUAAUCAUUUGCAACCUUCUGUUCCUAGCUAUGGCCGAAUGCAGCCAGCAUACGCUCGUGCAUUUCAGACUGCACAAGUACCACCAGGAGAUAACAGUGCUGGAACUUUUCAGAGUUACCGCUCUCUGCUUCGUCUCAAUGCACCAAUAGGAUCUCAGGGACACCAUUAUCAACCUCCAUCAUAUCCUCAGGUUGCUCCUAACACGGUGGUUGGUAGUGGAGUGCCGUUUUCACGGUGCACCUCACUGGCCACUCAAGGAACACAACACCCGCAAGAUCCAUCAGCAGAUACUAUAUUGAAGAAUGCACUUGCUAAUCUGGCAUAUGAACUGGGAGUACCUGAUUACAAUAUCGACCAACCACUAGGUUAACAGUCAGCAAGCACUCCUUCUCAACCUCUAGAUCCUAAUCAGCUACUUGCUCAAGCUAAGGCGGGCCAAACUAUCACAAAUGAGGCCUUCCGGCGGGCAUAAUUUGCCAAAUCAUGCAUCUGGCGGUAUUGCUCUUUCAUCUGGUUCUAUUCAGACUAAGUAGCCCUUGUGCCAAUUGAAUUCUCAGAGCAGUCUUACUCCAAGUGAAACAGCUCCGAGUACUUUUGUAGCUUCCCCUGCCUUGAAACAUUGAUGGAAACUGAUCAUCAGGGUGUCCUGACUGUCCUCAGUUUUAGAUUCUUUGUUCCCUUUUUGUUUUGUUCUUAGUCUUUUUUUUAUAUUACAGAUAGGUUUUAUAUUACAGAUAGGUUAUCAUCAACAAACUUCUUGGUAGGCUGUCUGUGGAGAGUAGAAAGGCACUCUUUUAGGAGAGAGCUUGGAUCUGACCUUUCUAGCGUAACGGCUUAAAGCUGUGAAUUAAUGGUCAAAUUUUCAGUGCAAGACAUUCAUGAUAGUCCUUCAUAGAACUUGUGCCGCUUGCUUGUAUAUUUCAUUGCAGAAAGAUGUUUACUAAUGGCGAUUGCUCUGAUUUUUUCUUUUCUUUUAACAAGGGAAUUGCCUUAAUGUUUACCAGGUUUUGUUUUUGGAUAUAGAUCCUAAAUUCCUAAUCAGCUUUUUACUGUCCA